CAAGUCUUUUCAUCACAAUGAUCCACUGACCAUUCAACGACAAGCCUCGAGUGCGGAAAACUUCCUCUGGGCGGAAAUUCCCAAAACCCUAGUUAUGUGGCGUUAUCACGAGCGAAACCGGACGCGGAUAUGAUGUUACCGAUGUUGGAGUCGUUUUCAUGGACCUUUCCCUGGACCCUCUGGCGAUUAUGAACGUGCUUGAGAUGGUAAAAGAUCGCACCGGAAUCAAGCUCCCUGCUACUUACACUCUUUCGAGACGGCGCCAGUGGCGCUGAAGUGGAAAGGAAGUCUGGAACGGCGAGUAACUGUUCAUCCCCGUUCUCUCAGAGUUUAUCAGCCCGGAGGUCUCGUGGAUGUUGAGAGUAUCAUCGACCGUAGCACUUGGCCUUUCAUCAAACCCACCUCGCGGGGCUGUCUUUGAUAUCCCCGGGAAUGGCGGCUUUGCGGAUCACCAGGGUGGCGACCGCUGCGUCGGUACGCACGGUCACACCGGUCGGCAUAACGCCAGUCGGGCCCAUCUACGUAUGAGAAGCUCAUCCGGGAGCACCCCCUGCAUGCGAACACGCACCGCCUUUUCCAUGUCACGGGUUGGCAGUUUGCGGAAUGCCUCGCGGCCGGGGCGAGGCGGACCCCAUCAGGCUGCUGCUGUUCGGCAAGAGCAAGUGCUUGGUGCAGGACUCCUACACCAAACAUGCCCCCAUGCCGGUGGUCGCCUCCAGGCUCCCUGUAACACUCCUCCAGAGCGUCUUCUCCCGGAUAUCCCGCGAGCAGAACCGCAGCAUCGAGAUCCUCAAGGUGGGCGCCAGGCUAGGCGGCACGACGUAGUUCGUGUUCGACAUGCUCAUGGAGGCCGGCAUCCUGUUCGAGUACGUUGUUACCGACGUCUUGGGGUUCUUUUUUUUCUUUUUUUGUCGGCGGCGGCUAAGAACCGACACGAAACACUUCCCGGCGGACUACAUCGAGUACCCCGUUCUCGACAUGGGAACGCGCCGCCCCAGCAACUCCAGGACCGGUUCGACGGGGUGAUGUCGACCAACUGCAUCCACGCCUCCAAGAGCCUCGCCGUGUCCUGCUCCAACUCGCAGCGCCUCUUGCGUGUGGGUGGUUUAUUCGCUCUCGUCGAGUUCACCACCUGGCUCUACAGGCUAGACAUUGUGUUCGGCUUGCUGGACGGGCGGUGGCUCUUCGAAAACGACAAGAAGCAUUGUAUGUACGGUGAGUGAAGUUGUGGGGGAAGCCAAGCUGGAAUACUCUUGCUCCCCGGACGUGUUGUGGGUGAAGGGACUGAAUCCCCAACUGAUCGCUCGUUGUACUUCGUAGGUGUCACAAGCUGUUUGUUUUUUGCCCGGGAAUAAAC